AUGGAGGAGGAUAUGGUUAACUGUCGAUUUUACUUCAAGAUUGUGCUUGCCGCCAUGGCGACCAUCGGAUGUGAUAACCCUUGGCAUCGAUCGUCGGGUCAGCCUAUUGACCCCAAGGAGAUUCGAGAGUAUUUCGAGGAUUUUUUUGAGGAUAUAUUUGAAGAUAUCAGCAACUCUGUGGUCUUCUUCCUCUCACCCCACGCCACCCCACUCACCCACGCCACCUCAAACCCAAAUUCAGUUACCGACCACCGUUGCAACCGCCACCUUCACCACCACCUCCACUUGAGCCUUUCAUUCAAUCCAACCACCACUGCGAAUUCUCUAGUGUCAGGACCAAUCCUUCAACCAGCCGGAUCUGCUUCGACACCACAGUUUCGUUCCCACCACCCUCAACAAACCCCAAACAUCUAUGUGGGUCACACUCAUACCCAACACCCAAACAACUCUUACACCAUUUUCAGCAACAAUAAUUUUGCCACCACCACUGCAACUAUGAUACAGCAACAAAAUUUGUACCCUUUUAACACCAUGGCUUCUGCCCCUGCAUCCAACCGAUCGGGUAUCACUACUAAGAUAAAUUGGCUUCAGGUGGCAACGGGGAGGCUGGAGGGUUUAGCAUUGAGUUUUCCAGAAAAGGGGACGGCCUAGAAAGUACUCACCUGAUAACACCAUCGGGUUUGGUACGUCCCCAGAUCCUACCACCAAGAUUUCCUCUGCUGUGGCUCUCACUGAUUCUGGUGGUAUGGCCCUGUUUAAUCGGUGGCCGAGGGUUUGAGGAAGAAGGGGAUUAUCCUAUUUAGUCUUA